AUGGAUCGAGCUAUCUGCGGCUUUUCGUGCCCUGAAACAAGCGUGAUUGCCGAAGAAGACGGCAGGCGAGACUCAGCAAAGAGAAGCAAGCGAUCCUGCAACAAGCGACAACAGCGCUAUCGCGCAAAGCAGCGAUUGUACGUUGAAAGACUCGAAAUAACUGUGCAACGCCUUCGACUGGAUGUGGAUCAGCAAGUAAUGAAUCGUCGGGAUGUUUGGGAAGCACGUUUUCGUGACCUCCAGCCAAAUAUGUCAGUCCGGAGGAAUACGACGAGUGGCAGUGACGUCGUGACGUCCAUGUGUGAAUGCAUGAAAGCGUUUGGUUGUAGUGUCCAAGGUGACCGGGCGAGACAUUUUGAGGCAUUGAUGCGGAGUGAUGUUCACAACGGCGAUCUUAUCGGUCGUGACAGUAUUCUCGCGCAGUGGAAACGUCUUGUUCGUCAUUUCAGUGAUGUCGUGCCGGUGCUGGAGGAUUGCUCUGUAAACGUGAAUUUUGUGGACCAUUCUACUGCGAUUGGGCACGUGACCGCGUCGCUUGAGCUGCGGCUGACCCGUCGAAAUUUGGCCGCUAUCUUUCCCUAUACUGUCACUGACAUGAGUGUCCGCGAUCGGUUACUAGUGAGCCCGCUCGUGCUGAUGCCAAUGGCCGUCUUUUUUCAAUUUGAUGAGCAAGGCAAGGUCAGUCGUUAUGACCACUCCGUCGACUUCGUAGCUGGGCUUUACGAGGUGCUCCGAGAUUACCGGGACGUGGCGAGUAUGCUGAAAUCGGCCAAUCUCGACGCUUCGGGACAAAUUCGUGAUGAUGAACCCGCGGUUGCGAUAAGUCAGCUCGUUUGUCGUGAUCGUCGCAUCCGUGAUAAAGCCGUUUUGGGGUGCCCGAGCAAACUCUCAGUACGGUAUCUGCUAUCAAACGGCGACACUGGUGAGUAA